GGGAGUUCCCCGUCUUUUCAAUUGUCAUAGCCAAACUUUUGUGCAGAACGAGGAUUAGUUCUUGAUUAAUUGACAGUGUGAUUCUGCUUGGGCAAAGAUUAGUGAUUGAUGAUUUCGGGGAUUUAAUUCUCUUGCCAUAUCAGUAUCGUAGUUCGGUUUUUUAGUGCAUAAAACGCUAGAUAUCUGUAGUGUAAUUUGCGUUAUUGUUUGUUCACUGUGAAUUGAUCGAUUUAUCGUGAAAAUAUAACCAGCAAUAUGUAUAAAUGGAAGAAAAAUUACCAGGGAAAUCGCCAUUUUCAGGCCCAGGAUACAAAAUCAAAUUUCCGACUGCCUCAAGUAUUUCAAUGUCUGCCAAAUGCAAGAACGGAACUGAGAGAUUCAUCUUUUUCUAUAUUCUCACGUUCUUAUUUUGUGACCUCAUCAGUGGAUAGUCAACCAAUUGGGAAAAUUAAUAUAUCAUCCGAAAAACUGGAUGAGGUCAAUGAAAUCUUGAGAAAGCUCCAGCCCAUCGCGGAUGUAAACUAUGAAAGCAUGGAGAAUUCCUUAUUCAAGAUGAACUUUCUCGAGAAGCGGACGAUCACUAUGGACCAAAAAAUGGAUUUUUUCCACGAGAAAUUGGAACAGAAAUCAGACAUCGAUUACGAAUUAUUCCUGGAGAAUAACAAACGAUACGAAGAUCCUCUUUUCAUGAAGAUGUAUGAAAAAAGAAAGAACCUUCCGUCGUUCCAGAAGCGUAAUCAAAUCGUUAAAAUGAUACAGGAAAAUCAAGUGGUUCUUAUAAGUGGAGAAACGGGCUGUGGUAAAACCACACAAGUACCUCAGUUUUUGCUGGACGACUAUGUCAGUAGUUACAAAGGUUCGGCGUGCAAAAUAAUCUGCACACAGCCCAGAAGGAUAAGUGCAGUUUCCGUAGCUGAAAGAGUAGCCAGGGAAAGGGGAGAAGUACUGGGAAUCAGUGUUGGUUAUCAGAUUCGUUUGGAGAGGGUCCUUCCUCGAAAAUAUGGUUCCAUUUUGUUCGUCACGAAUGGGAUCGUCAUAAGGUUGAUGGAGUCCGAUCCAUCGCUGAACAAUAUUUCACACCUGAUCAUCGACGAAAUCCACGAAAGGGACAUCCAUUCGGACUUCCUGCUCACGCUGGUAAAACAGGUCAUCACCAGAAGAAAGGACUUGAAGGUCAUCCUAAUGAGCGCCACACUCAACGAGAAACGCUUCAAGGAGUAUUUCGACGGUUGCACCCACGUCGAAAUCAAAGGUUUUUCCCAUCCAGUCGAAGAAUAUUACUUGGAAGACGUCCUGGAGAGAUUGAAUUUCACCUUUGCACCUUCCAUGGCAAGAACAGACAGCAUCGAAAGGAACACCAUGAUAUUUAGGCAUAAUGUCGUUCCUUACGUUCAGGAUCUCCGCGCAGAGAAUUCUUAUUCGGAAAAAGUGUGUCGGGAGCUCUUGAAACCCCACAGCGAAGAGAUAAACCUCGAUCUGAUUCACCAAUUGACCAUGCAUAUCUGCAGGAACGAAGGGCCGGGCGCUAUAUUAAUUUUUGUCACCGGAUACGACGAUAUCAACAGACUGUUCAAUCUUUUUUAUGAAUUGCCCGAGGAGGAAUACAUGAUCAUCGCCUUACACUCGGAGAUUCCGAUGGAGGAUCAAAAAUUCGUAUUCGAACCAUCCCCAAGUGGCGUGCGAAAAAUAAUACUCGCAACGAACAUUGCAGAAACCUCCAUAACGAUCGAUGACGUCGUUUAUGUUAUUGAUUCAGGGUGGGCGAAAAUCAAAGUCUUCGAUCCCAAAACUAACACUGAAAACUUGCAGCCAAGAUUUAUUUCCAAGGCUAACGCGAUUCAGAGGAAAGGCAGGGCCGGUCGUUUGAUGGCUGGCAAAUGUUUCCAUCUUUACACCAGAGCGCGUUUCGAGGCUUUCUACGAAUAUCAAAGGCCGGAAAUUCUGAGGUGCAGGCUUGAGAGUAUGAUGCUGCAAAUGAAAUUUUUACAGCUGGGAAAAGUCAAGGUGUUCUUCAAUAAGAUGCUGGAUAAACCAGAUGCUAAGAUAGUUGAAGCCGCCUGUCACUUACUGAACGAACUCGGCGCCUUAGAUGAAGAAGAGGCGCUGACGCCUUUGGGAUAUUACCUGGCGAAACUCCCUAUAGCUCCCCAACUUGGUAAAAUGCUGUUAUUGGGCGUGAUCUUCAGCUGUUUGGAACCCAUACUAAACAUUGCCGUCAGCCUGGAUUACAAGAGUCCCUUCAAUCUCACCUUGAAAAGUAACAGCAGGAUUCCUCAACUGGACCCAAAAAUGGCUGAAUUCGCAGAGAAUGUGAAGAGUGACCAUUUACUCUUACACAAAGCACUCCACCUCUAUCAGACGUUCGACAAGGCUACCCGAUCUGUAUUCUGCAAAGAAUACAAUAUCAACAAAACUGUGAUGAAGAUGUUGAAAAAGAUGAAGGUUGAAUUCAUGGAGAAUCUGUUCGCGUUGGAACUUGUGACGACUACCGAUUUGAAGCAUAAGGAUUUGAAUAUUAACUCUAAAAACGUCGAGUUGAUCAAAUCUAUUGUUUGUGGAGGAUUAUACCCGAAUAUCAUGUUGGCUUGCACCUUAUCAGGACAACCGAAGACAUUCUUCAAAACUCUGAACGAUACCAAGGUUGUACUCCACAAGAAAUCCAUUCUGUCCUACGAUAGGUUUUUCACCUGUCCUCUGCUGGUAUUUUAUAUAAAAAUGAAAACCAAAAUGGAUAUGGUUUUCGACGCUACCGUAUGUUCUCCGUUUCCAGUAAUAUUCUUCGGCACCAACUUGCGAACCACGAAAGCCAUGAAUGAACACUGUUUGGUGGUUAACCAUAAACUGAGGUUCAGCUGUGAUAAAAACGCGUCAAGUAUAGUGGAACAAUUGAGGGAACGUCUUCAACACUAUAUAACAUACAGAUUGACCCAUCCUGCUUCAAUGAAGUCUGACGUAGAAGAUAAAUUCUUGAAGAUAGUCGUUGAUUUGCUGGCUAGUCGGGGAUCAUAAAAAGUCAUCGCCCCUACUUCCUUCAUUCCAGUUUCAAGCUUUGUUUUGUCCCUCUCAAGUUGAGCUGGACUGACUCCAUGAAAUGUAGGAACAUAUAUUACAUGUUUUGAGUGUGAUAUUGUAAGUUCAUUCAUUAAUAUUCAUUGUUCAUUAUUAAGUUAUUUAUCAAUGUUGAAUGUGUUAUUCAAUAAAAUAUAUUUAAUGGAAA